GAAGUUUGCUACAAUGGUUCAUGGGUUACUAUCUGUUCUCAUAGCUGGACAGCAAAAGAAGCUGCUGUGAUAUGUUCUCAAUUAGGAUAUUCUCAUUAUGGUGCUAUUGCAGUAUCAAAUGCCUUCAUCAACUAUGAGUGGCCAAUGGGUAUAUACAACCUAAGCUGUACUGGUAAUGAAACCUCAUUGUGGGAAUGUCAAUUUACUACUACUUACAAUGGAAGAUAUUGUGGCCAAAGCAAUGAUGCCUCAGUCUUUUGCAUGUCAAAUACUACCCAGUAUAGCAACUGCACCGAUGGUGAUGUGAGAUUAAUUGGAGGGAGCACAAGUAAUGAAGGGAAUGUACAGAUAUGCUAUAAGAACACUUGGGGGUCAGUCUGUGAUGAUUCAUGGGGCACUGCUGAUAGUAAUGUUGUUUGUCGUCAACUAGGACUGCAACCUUAUGGAUCUAGUGCUUACUACAGUAAUAGAUAUGUUGUGCAUAGCCCUUUUGUCUAUGGACUUUUUUAUUGUUCUGGUAUUGAAAAGACUCUAUUACACUGUCCCAAAUCAUCUUCUAACUAUCUAUUAAGCUGUCAAAACUAUGAAAUAGCAGGGGCACAAUGUAUAGGUACAUGCACUGAUGGUAGGGUUCGGAUAAGAGGCACUUACAAUACUCAUAUUGGACGUGUUGAAGUGUGUGUUAAUGGAACUUGGGUUACUGUCUGUGAUGAGAAUUGGGAUGAUAAUGAUGCAGCAGUUAUCUGUCAUCAAUUUGGCCAUUCAGCAUAUGGAGCAAUGGCAGCUUAUGGUAGUAUUAUAUCAGACUCUUAUCCCACAAGAGUCUAUGGUGUCAACUGCACUGGAAGUGAAAGAGAAUUAUUUGAUUGUCCUGUACAUUUGCUACCCCCGGGUUCAUCAUAUUCUAGUUGCUCUCAGAAUGAUGCUGGUGUCAUUUGCCAAGGCUCACAGACUAUGUACUCCAACUGUACAAAUGGUGAUGUAAGACUGAGAGAUGGUGCAACAUUGAAUCAAGGAAGAGUUGAAAUAUGUGUUAACAAUGCCUGGGGCACUGUGUGUGAUGAUGGUUGGGGUGAACUGAAUGGUAAUGUUGUGUGUAUGCAAUUAGGAUAUCAACAAGUUGGUAAGAGGCCUGACCAAUAUUGAUUUGGAAUUGAAAUAUUC